CAUGCAAAAGAUCUCAAAGUAAGCUUCUUUUUUAUGAUCAAUAACGAAAAGAAUAUCAACAAGGAGUAUGAAACUUUCAGAAAUCUCUGUCUCAAUCUCCAUCAGUACGAUCACUUACACAUCGCUUCACCUCCUCAGCAAAAACGCCGUGCGGCCGUCGCUGCUAUUCUACGCUGGCACCGAGGCAGUACUGAUAUUUAUAUAGAUAAUGAAAAGAGGAUAGAUACUCUGGAAGAGUUUUUUGAGCAACCCUGGGUUAAAGAGGAUGUGGCUGGACAAGCAGAGAUUUUAUUUAUGCAAAGAACAGCACGUGUUGGAGACAGAUGGUCUGGUCAUGUCUCGUUUGUAGGUGGUAAAAAUGAACCGACAGAUACAAAUGAUGAAGACACAGUAAAAAGGGAGGUUUUAGAAGAGAUCGAUAUUGAUUUGAACAAUAAGGAACAGUAUUUAAAAGUGGGUCUGUUGGAUGAAAGAGAAAUCAGUAGUAUCCGAGAUAACAAGCUGUUAAUGAUCUUGAUACCUUUCGUCUAUCUACAGAUUGCACCCACUUCACCGCCUUUUCAACUUCAACCAUCUGAAGUUGCUGCUGUAGAGUGUAUAGGGUCCCAUUAUCGUUCUUUCUGUCACCUAAUGGUUAUCAGAACAAGUCCAUCACAGAGCCACUUAGAGCUAUCAACUUGAAAGGUUAUUCAUGGGCAAAGAAAUUCUCCCAUCUAAUGUUUGGAUCAGUAAAAUUUCCCGGAGUCGAUCUGCCACGGCAAUACUAUAAUAGCAGCAAAAAUAAUGGUGCCAGCACUAUUGAAAACAGUUCAUCGUUACGUAAACUUCGUCUGUGGGGAUUAACGAUGGGCAUGACCAGUGAUCUAGUUGAAUUUACAGGCUUACGGUCGUUGGAGUUUGUCAAACUGACAAAAAGUAAACCUCUCUAUUCAAGACC